GCAAGUGUCACAUUUCAGCAUCUGGUUUUCAUAGCCAAUACAGGAUGUCGUUGAAGUGCAUUAAAGCAACAGUAGUUUAGAAAUGAAACAUAUUUGGUCUGGACAACCACUUUUUGUUGAGGCGAGGACAGCUGUGUGUGUCUUUAUUGUGUUUUUCCCCCCGCAAAAAAAGAGGCAGUCUCGACACUGGACCAUCUCUUUGAAAGGUGCACAUCUUCAUAUUUUACAUGUGGGACUGCGACAUAGACCUAGAACAUGAUUUGGAUCACUUUAUUUCUGUUUCAUACCUUUCCUCAUCUUCUUGCAUCAUCAAAUACAACUAUGAAUGCCAGCAGUACUAAUCUCAAUGAACCUGAUAAAUUAACAGAGGCGUUUGAGGAUGGCUCUCAUCAUGGCCAAAAAGAACAUUAUAACAGAGAUGCAGGCAAGGAUAAGUGCACUAUGCCAUGUGAAAUGACAGCAAAGCUAAUGCGUGAUGAGAAGCAUUCCUUGUGCAUUAACCUCCAGCAUACCAUGGUAUCAUAUACUAGAAACACCAGGAAGUUGAUAAGAGAUCUUAUUGAUGAACAGCAGAAGGCCUUGGAAUUUCUCUCAAGUCAGCUUAUGGAGCUUAUGGCUAGAGUAAACACACUCAGUUUAGAUGUUCAGAGAAGCAACAGUGACAUCUUUUCUUUGAAGCCUAUGCUAUCCCAUGGGAGAGAUUGUAGUGACAUCAAAGAAACACUAGGGGAAGUAUCUCCAAAAAUCCCUAGUGGAAUUUAUUUAAUUCAGCCAGAAAACACAGAUGUUUCAUUUGAGGUGUUUUGUGAGAUGGAUUAUAUGGAGGUUGGAUGGACAGUAAUACAGAGAAAGACGGAUGGUCUCACAGACUUCAAACGAGUUUGGUCAGAGUACUUGGAUGGAUUUGGACACUUACCAGGUGAUCAUUGGUUGGGUUUGAGGAAGGUCUUCAACAUUGUGAGUCAGAAGAACACACGUUUCCAGCUGCAUGUGUCUCUGGUCUCCCAUGAUGAUUCCACAGCCUAUGCUUCAUACGACAACUUCUGGAUUGAAGAUGAAACCAAAUUCUUUGCAAUACACCUUGGCAGAUAUGCUGGUAGUGCAGGUGAUGCUUUUAGAGGGUACUACCAAGAGCAGAACCAGGACACAGCCCCUUUCAGUACCUCUGAUGUUGACAACGAUGGCUGUAUUCCAUUCUGCACUUUUGAUAAUAAAGCUGUUGAGAGCUGCAGUGUGCACCAGAACAACACAGGAUGGUGGUUUAACCAAUGUGGCAAGGCAAAUCUGAACGGCUCACCACUGGACCAAGAUCGCUCCACCCAGUCACAUAUUCGAUGGGACACCUGGACCAAGAAUGGCAUACCUGUCAGAAUUAAAUCAGUGUCUAUGAAGAUCAGGAGAGUUGAUCUCCCAAACUAAAAACAAAUCACUAAAGCAGUGAGCAUCUGAAGAUUAUAGCAUUGAAAUGGAACAAAUUAGCAUUGGUACAUUGGUACUAAUGAUACACUUUUAUUCAAUGAGCUUUCACAAACAUUUUUAAGGGAAAAAACCCUAUGGCAUAGUGAUUUAGUGUCCUGUGCUUUUUAAUCUAGGUUCAGUGUCCAAAAUAUUCAUAUUCAACUUUUUCAUUUGUUAUGCAGUUCAGUAGGCUAUAUAAGGCAGUUGUGUCAUUACUAAAUGUUUUAUUGACAUGGAAAGCUCCUAGAUUGGACCAAAUGUUUCCACUUGAAACAAAACUGUCAAACUAUUAGCUUUUAAAAUCCCAGAAGAAAUUUCUGUUGUGUUUAGAUUGCAUGAGACAGCAGAUUUAAAUCAAAACAGAAUUAUAGCUUCAACAAAAUACUUUGUCAUACUUAAUAGACAAUAAAGCCCAAACACAGGGCAGUCUGUCGCUAAAAAGAUUUACUUUCAUGAAAAUUAGCUCUUAAAUGACUUCAUUGAUGAAAAUGCAAGUUUAAUAAAGCAAGAGACUUGAUUUGUAUUUCUUGACUGUGAAUGGCAACAAACAAGCACAAGCUUUCAGAUAACCAAGCACUUUGAAAUAAGGUAGAAUAUCUCUGUCCUCACUGAUGUGGGUGGCCCAUUGUUUGUCCUGAUUCAUUGGUACGAUAGAGAUAAUUAACACAGUUAAAAUAAGCUGCAUAGUGUGUGGGCCUCUAUUAGCAUCACUGUCCUUAGGUAAAUAUGUCAGUGGUUUUGUGUACUGUAUAUGUUAAACCAUCUGUACUCUGUCUAUUUAGAGCAAAGAAUCCUGCCAGAUUUUGUCCUGCCAAAGACUAAACAAAAUGUCCAAGUUGUGCUGAAGUGUUUGGUGAGCAGGAUCUUGUUGAUGUGGGAGUCACUGUGAAAGUGGAAGGAUUUCUGGGACACACGUUCAGUGGUAUUAAGAAACCACUGAAUUCUGUUUAAUAAACGUAAGAAUUCUGUAUUUAUCUCAGAAAUGGUUUUACUCUACCAAGUAUGUGAAACGCAGGCACAUUUAGCUAUUGUAUACUUGAGCUUAAUUUUGUGCAUUGUUGCGUUCCAAAAUGUGUGAGAACACAAUUCAUUAGACAACGCAAGUAUGCGUUCAGUGUUGGGUAGUAAUGGACUAAAUGUAUUCUAAAUUAUGUAAUCCGAUUACUAAAAUCAAGUUCUUGUAAUUAUAUUACAUUUAUUAAAUGUGCAUAAUCUUAUUACAGUAACUUGUUUAUGGAUUAGAUGAUUACAGAUCUAUUUUGGGGGUGGGGGGCACAAGAACAGACAAAAAACAAAUUACUGUUUGAAUUGAAUUACAUUUUCAUCAAAACAUGCAAUAUGUAAUACAAAAGUAAUCAGUAUAGAUUACCUAAAAGUGUAAUCUAAAUGAUUACAUUACUUAUUUCAAUUUUAAGUAAAAAAAGUACCAGAUUACAUUUCAGAAGUAAUCUACCCAAGAUGCUAGGGGCGCUAUAGCAAUCAUUAGUGAGAAUGGUCCGCUUCUACAGUGUGUUUACUCUUUCAAGCUAAUUACUGUCAUGGCAGAGAAAAAGUUUGAAGUGAUUAUCUCUGAGCAAGUAAGUUUAAAUCAAUAUAUUUAUUGUAAUUUACCAGAAUUAUAAACAUCCAAUUUAAUGACACAGACUUUUGAAGGUAACUCCAUUGCCCCCUUGAGUACUGAGAUAUGUUACUGACACAGUAACACAAGAACACACGUUGGAAAUGUGUUGGUCAUGUGCGCACAUCUUCGUACACGAACAUGCAUUAUGAUUUUGGUCAAAGGGGACACAUCAUGGACAACAGUAUUUUCUGUGUUUGAAUUUAGUCUGAGCUCUUGGGGGGGGUUCCCUCACACUGACCUACAACCCCAUGUGACGGGACUAUUGUCUAUUUUUUCUUUCUUUCUUUUUAGCACAAGACUGUCUACUCCGUUUGAACAAAAUAAUUAUGUCAGACACACGCAAGACUCCCCAAGAAUCACAACAGGAAAUUCGGGAAUCCCUACCAAAAAUGCAAAGAAUAAUUAGAUAUAUUGAUGAAAAUGAGUCAUUCUGAUAUUUUAAUGUUGUAAGAGUUGUAAGACAGGCUUGGCUCAGUAAUAGACACAUUUUUAGAAUUUAGAUUUUGGUCACUGUGGCUGAGAUGCAUAGUGUAUAGAAGAGCUAUAAGAAAGUUGUAGCUCCCAAUUGGAAGUUGCCAGCUGUCCGAUUGAAUUGUUGUUUUUUCUGUUAUCACUAUCAUUUAUCAGCAUGGCUUGUGUAUUUCAAAAUAUUGAGGAAGGGCUGCACGUCACAGGCACAGUAU